AUGCCUGUCUUCUGCGAACUUGAUACGGGUAAGGUACCUUUUACUAAAUCAAAAGUUUCGUAUCGGAAUCUCUCAGCGAUGAAUCUGGGAGCUGACCUCUCUAACUCUGAUCUCUAUAAAAACACUGAUAUGUUUGAUAAAAAUGAGCUUGCUAUAUGUUAUAACGAAAUCCUUGAAUCAGCCAUAAAUAAGCAUGCUCCGCUAAGAACUAAAACGAAUUUUUCACGACCCUAUGUACCUUGGUUUAACACUGAAGUAAAAUCUGCAAAAAGAGAGCAAAGACGAGCUGAACGAAAAUGGAGAAGAACUAAACAGCUUGAUGGUUUUGAAAUCUACGAAUCUAAGAAAAACUAUAUGAUAUUUGUAAUGAACCGUGUUCGGAAAAAAUUUUAUACAGAUUUUGUCCUGGAACAUAGUUCAGAUCAACGGAUAUUAUUUAACGCCGCUAAGUCUCUAUUUCAUCAGAAAAAUGAUCUUAAUUUUUCUGCAUAUGAAGACCAGAAUAUGUUAGCUAGUGAUAUUGGAGAAUUUUUUGUUCAGAAAAUUGAAAACAUUCGAAAUGAACUUGAUUUGUCAGAUUCGCACAACUGUGUCCUCGAUGAAUCUAUUGCGUUAAAUGCCUGCCUUGAUCCAUUUGAACAAUCAAGUGAAGAAGAUGUAAAAAAUUUGAUAACUAAAUCAAAUGGGAAAACUAGCUCAUUGGAUCCAAUGCCGACUUCGAUUGUCGUGCAGUGUCAAGAUGUUCUUCUUCCUGUACUUACAAGGAUGAUAAACAUGUCAUUAGAUUCUGGUGUUUUUCCCGACAAAUGGAAGGUAGCGGAUGUUCGUCCUCUACUUAAGAAAUGGAAUUUGGACACGUGCUUUUGA